AUGGAGCAUCGUGUCACUCGCUCUGCAGCGCGUGCUACUUUGGGCGGGGAUAUCAACCCGGCUCAAACACCGAGCACCGUCAAGGCGCCCAAAUCCAAGAGAGCCAGAAUCAGCAAGUCGGCUACAGCCAAUACUACCGCCGUUGCCCAUAAUGGACCCAGUUCAUCUCUGAAAAACAGACAGUCUGUCACAAUUGCGAAGCCAUUGGGUUCAGACGAACUGCCUCAUAAUCUCGGAUCUUUGUCAAUCCCACCAGCUACUAAAGAAACAUCAAUUGCUGGGUCCGACAAGGAAAACAAUCCUAUCAAGGGAGAAAAGAUCGAAGAAUUUGCUGUUGAGCUUCAAGACACUAUAGACAAAGCUGCAAUCAAGGUCGAAGAAACCAAGCCUGAAAUCACCUCUUCUACCCGGAAACCCAAGAAGAACACUUAUGGCCUGACACCUGGAACCUCACCCUUUCCUGAAUGGGCCCAACCAAGUGCAGAAGAAUGUGAAGAAGUUAAUCGCUUACUAUCCACCAUCCACGGAGAGAUUACGCCUCCAGUCAUCAUCCCGGAACCCUCUCUGACAGUGACAGGCUGUGGCGAAGUCCCAUCAGUCCUAGAUGCACUCAUCCGUACUUUGCUGAGCGGCGCAACCACAGGCGCCAACUCAGCCAGAGCCUUCAACGGACUCGUGCAGCGCUUCGGCAUCCUCACAGAAGGAAUUGGGAAAGGAAGCGUGAAUUGGGAAGCAGUACGACAAGCCACAGUGAAAGACGUCUUCGAAGCAAUCAAAAGCGGUGGCCUAGCAGAUAUAAAGAGCAAGAAUCUAAAAGGAAUCCUGGACAUCGUCCACCAAGACAACCAAACACGCCGAAAUGACCUCGUCGCAAAUGCCAACCCAGAAGAGGAAACGAAAAACGAUAAAUCCUACGAAAUAGCCUGUGCAGACCAAAAUGUCCUCUCCCUCAACCACAUGCACACCCUCACCUCCGAAGAAGCAAUGACAGAACUAGUCAAAUACCCAGGCAUAGGACCGAAAACAGCAGCCUGCGUAAUCCUUUUCUGCUUACAGAGGCCCUGCUUCGCAGUUGAUACGCACAUCUUUCGACUAACCAAAUGGCUCGGCUGGGUUCCUCCGCGCGCAAACGAAGUGACAGCGUUUAGUCACCUUGAAGUUAGGAUCCCUGAUCAUCUCAAGUACUCCCUCCAUCAGCUUUUCAUUCGGCAUGGAAAGAGUUGUUCCCGGUGUCGGGCUAUCACAGGCGCUUCUAGUGCUGGAUGGGAGGAUGGGUGUGUGAUUGAUCAUCUUGUUACUCGAACUGGGAAGAGAAAGGGCUUGGUUGGUGCUAGUGCCGUGAAGGCCAAGAGUAAGGGAAAGGCUGCAAAGCGGAAGAAGCAAGAGUCGGAGGAAAGUGAGAGUCUCAGUGAUAUUGACAGUGACCUUUCUGAGUUGAGUGAUGAUUGA